AUGACUCAUCACGCGGGAGCCUCUGACGAACAUGCCCUCGGGGAGAUCAAAAUCCGCAGGACCCCAGUCACAAUCAACCUGUACGACAGCCGCCUCGCGCACACAGCUACGCCCGGCAUAAAAGUUGAAGACGGCAAAGUCAAAAUCACCAGCCGAUUCAGCAUUCCUGAAAGCGGCGAGGAGCUCUCCUCGCUCCCCGGUCUCGAUGUUCAACCCAGCGGCCAGGAAACCUACAAUUAUAUGGUGCCGUACAGGGUGGUGGGCGAGCCGGAAUGA